AUGUCGGAAGAGGAACUAGGUUAUAGUUUAGACAUGAUUAUUGGUAUCCAUCCAGCUGCACAUGAAUGGGAAGAAUUGGGAGAAAGAUUACAAAGCUCAUUCCCUAGGUUCCUGCUGAAGGUUGAGGAAUUGGUCAGAUGUUGGCACUGGACAGCACAUCAUGGG